GGGGAAAUCAUCAAUUACUUCCUUGUUCCGGUUUGAAGUCCACAAAGACACGCCCACAUUUCCAUUUAUGGUCUUGAAGGCGCACACAGUGACAGGCGCGGUCCUUAUUUCCGUCGCUCUGCACUCAACACCCCGGGCUUUCAUGUGUGUUAAAUGCGCGCCCUGAGACACUAUUCUAUUAGGAGACUUGUGUAGGAAGACUAUGUUUGGACGUCUGACCCUUUGAUGGAAGGAUACCACCCUGGAGUGAUCCAGCAGACAGACAGAGUCCCCUCACACAGCUUCCUCCAGCCCAUGUGAAGGCUCCAGCUGUUCUCCUGACUGUGAACGUGCUGUUCCAGCUGUCUUAGCCACGUGACCGCCUCCUUAUCGCUCCCAGUGGCCCAGUUAAAGUUCAGAUUACUGUACAGCUUCCUGCAGAAUCAGCACUUCUUCCAACAUAUAACACUCACUGCAAAGGCAGCUUUCUCUUUUCCAGUCAUCGAACCUGGACACACCAGAUCUACACCAGAGUCCUGUAUUAAUAAAUAUCAGCAAUGACUUCUGCACAGCCGAUUUUCUCUCAAGGAGAAGACUGUAAGCCAGGCUGGAACGACGCAAGCGCCGAUUACGAUGAGUCGGAUACACAUCUGGAGAUCUUGGGGAAACCUGUCAUGGAGCGCUGGGAGACUCCCUACAUGCACUCCCUCGCCACUGUCGCAGCGUCGAAAGUCAUCGAACCUGGACACACCAGAUCUACACCAGAGUCCUGUAUUAAUAAAUAUCAGCAAUGACUUCUGCACAGCCGAUUUUCUCUCAAGGAGAAGACUGUAAGCCAGGCUGGAACGACGCAAGCGCCGAUUACGAUGAGUCGGAUACACAUCUGGAGAUCUUGGGGAAACCUGUCAUGGAGCGCUGGGAGACUCCCUACAUGCACUCCCUCGCCACUGUCGCAGCGUCGAAAGGUGGCCGUGUCCUUGAGAUUGGCUUUGGCAUGGCGAUAGCUGCCACUAAAAUUGAAUCGUUUCCUAUUGAGGAACACUGGAUCAUUGAGUGCAAUGACGGUGUGUACCAGAGGUUGGAAGAAUGGGCCAAGUCUCAGCCACACAAGGUUGUUCCUCUUAAAGGCAUGUGGGAAGACGUGGUUCCCACCCUCCCCGAUGGUCACUUUGAUGGAAUCCUUUACGACACGUAUCCCUUGUCAGAGGAAACAUGGCACACUCACCAGUUUAACUUCAUUAAGGCCCACGCUAAGAGGCUGCUGAAGUCUGGUGGCAUCCUCACCUACUGCAAUCUCACCUCCUGGGGCGAGCUGCUCAAGUCCAAAUACGACAACAUAGACAAAAUGUUCCAGGAAACACAGGUGCCUCAGCUGCUAGAAACUGGUUUCAAAAAGGAGAAUAUUAGCACCACGGUAAUGGACAUCAAUCCACCAAGUGAAUGCAAAUACUACUCCUUCAAAAAAAUGAUUACACCAAAUAUACUUAAAGAAUAAGCUACAGGCCCAAGCUGCUUGCAUACAUACACAUCUAUGGUGCUUUUUAUGUUUUCAAAUAAAAAAUGCUGUUAUCAAGGAAAAGUGUAAAAAAAAAAAAUCUGUAAAUUUUUUUUGUAUAAUUAAUUCUAUGGUGGAAGUCAUGAAAUUUGCAUUUAGAUUUCUGCAAAUAAAAAGCACAAGACUGUAGAA